AUGAUGAGUACGCUCGGAAAGCGAAAGGACAGACGUGCCGAGGGCUCCCGGGGUCCCACCAAGAACAGGGAGCUCAAAGCUGCUGAGGACAGUGGCUUCAACCAGCUGCCACCUCUCAGGCAAGAGCAAGAAAAGACCUCUCAGGCUCUCAAUGUGGCUGUACACGCUCAGUCUUACAGUGUCCUACCACCGAUCAGAGGCAGCUGUCCACCACCAGUUCAGGCCAUGAAAGGUGAUUGGUUAGAGAAAGUUGGCCUGGAUGUUCAUGAUGAUCCAUCUCCACCUCCUCCUGUGCAGCCAGAAAAUUCUUCCCCAGACACUGACGCUGCUGAGGAGGCCUCACAGGGGUUGGAGUUGACUGAAGUUCAGGAGGACUCAGAUCAGCAGUCAAGAACCAACGAGUCCAGAAGAAGGAGCGAGAGUGCAGCUUCAGGAAAUCUGAGCGCCUGGUCCUGCAGCACCGUCCUCAGUGAACCGGGUCUAUCAUCAUUCGAGGACCUGAUCCGAGAAUGUGGUGGAUCUCCUGACCUGAGUGAUCUGAGCGAUGAGUGCUCUGAGAUCUUCACCGGCUAUCAGAACUACCGAAGGUACGGCCACGUAAAGAGACCCGGCACGUACCUGGUGGAGUGCGCCGAGUUCCCCCUGGAAGGUUCCCCUGAUUUGUCCGGCUCCAUCCCUGCUGUUCAGGUGACUGAGGUCUCUGAGGACUCUGAGGUGGAGAAUAACGAAGACUUGGAGACUCCUGCCUGCCCUGAUGGUACUGAGGACGACACCACAUCCAGAAAAACGAAGAAGCGGCGGCUCCGUUCUCGUGUCUUCAACUUCCUGAGAAGAGUCUUCUGCUUCGGAUGCGUCCCAUCUCGGCGUGUGGAGCCCCUCUAGUGUCCUGAUUCUUCAUCCCGUCCUCAGAAAAACACCCUUUUCCUCAUUAAAAAUCAUAAACAUAUGAUCCUUUUUCCCUCUCGCAUUUUUGAAUAUGCUGUGUUCUGAAA